AGUAUGGGCGGCGGAGAAAUUCAGAACCAGGAGAAGAAACAGCGUCUAGUUUUCCCUGUAGGACUAACAAUGGCCAAACUUCGCCGUCUUAAUCGCCAAUCUCUAAUUAAUUUAGAUUUAAUAUCCCAGACUUGCAGAACUAUCAGUAGAACAUGCAGGCUGUCGGCUGCUCUCAUCUGGUUCGCUUUUCUCUUCUCUGGCCUGUGCUCCUCAGCAGAUGCUGCAUCAAAAACUAUAGUUGGUUAUGUGAAUGGAACAAUCAUCCUACCGUGCCAAACUAACCGCACGGACAACCUCCUCACGGUGGAGUGGUCGAAGGAUAGAGGUUCGAUUAUCACCCUCCUGUUCCGCCAUGGCCAUGAGACUAUAGAGGAGAAAAAUAAAGCCUUCCUUAACAGGACCAGCAUCUCAGUGGAUGGAGUGAAGCAGGGGGACAUCUCUCAGACCAUUACAGAGCUGCGGCUGUCUGAUGAGGGCCAGUAUGAGUGCAGGACCAGGUUGGGGAGCCAGCUGCAGAUUGAAGCAACACUGAAUCUCAUUGUGGGUGCUGUAUCUGAGCCACAGCUAUCAUUUGUUCCUCCGGGAUUGACACUGGAGUGUAGAGCAGAGGGCUGGUCCCCAGAACCUAACAUAACGUUCCUGGAUGCCAGCGGCAAUGAGAUGAAAGCCGAACCGGCACAUGUAGCUCUGCGGCCAGCUGGAUAUUUUACUGUGACAAGGAGAUUGUCUUUACAGACUGACACCGACAGAGUGAACUGCAGCAUUUACCAACCGCUGCUAAAUCAAAGAAGAAAUGCAACAGUUUACGUUCCAGGUAACUGCAUGAAAUAUUGCUAUAAGGAAAUCCUGAUCACAGGGGUGAUCACAGGUGCUGCGUUUGUACUCGUCUACAUUUUAUGGAAGAAACAAACACUUCUUUUUCCUUUCUUCACACGUCGGACGCAGAAACCAUCUCAUCCAACACAGCAGGCCAAUCCCACUGCAGCACCCAGGGAUCAGGCAGAACCUGCCGGAAACACUUACUUAAGCAAACAAAUCGAAGAGCUCAAGUCAAACAUUUUUGAGAAAGACCAGCUGAUUGCCAAAUUAGAGGCAGACCUAAAAGAACUUCAAUCCAAAUGCAACACAGCUCAGCAGCAGGACCGGCCUGAAACUGACCAAAGUUCUUCACGUCAACAAAUUAACCAACAAGGUAACACACCACCAACAGCCAGCUUGACAAGUCUCAGUGGAAAAUCUGACCAGACAUCCAAGGGGAAAGGCUCCAAACCAGGUUUUUCAGUGCAGCAUCUGCCGACCGCUCCUCUGAAAAGUGGCACACAAAAAAGCCUUCCAGCUCUUUCUAUAAGCAGCGGUGCUGCUUCCUCAGGUUCGUCUUUAGCUCCUGCUACAAAUGAAAGCAAUAUCUUCCGUUCAGGGAGCUUUUCUGGUAUUCUUCCAACUUCUGUCCGGUCUCCGCGCAGGUACACUAUGCCUAAUAACCGGUUCAUGGUUCUGGCAGAUCUAGCUGAAGAGUCAGAGUCUCUGAUUUCUGAGAAGACCAAACAAAAUCAUAAGUAGGGAAUUCUUACAUAAGCAAAGUUAUGUGGAUGUACUUAAUGUUUGCGUUAACAGUCUAUGCAUCUGAAAAAAAAAAACAGAAAUGUAUUAAGAUCCUUCAGAUAAAUAAGCAUCUGGUCAGAG